GUCAGCACUUCAGCCUCCGUCAGCUGGGGAUCUGCGAGCCCCCGUCGCGCCGCGGCCUGGCCCUCUGCUCCGAGAUGGGCCUCCCCCACCGUGGCUUCUCCGUUGGUACGGCCCAGGACCUGGACACCGACAGCCAGACUGUUAUGUCCCCGGAGCGCGCCAUGCGUCUGUGGGGCCGCGGGGGUCUGGGGAAGUCAUCCGGGAGGAGUUCCUGUCUGUCCAGCCGCUCCAACUCCGUGCUGACUCUGACCGACACGGAGCACGAGAACAAGUCCGACAGCGACACCG